AGGAAGGGGAAAAGGAACAGAUAGAAAGAUCACGCGCGCAUGCGCAGACACAGUACUUCCCUGCUUUCUGGUCAAACUUUUUCUGGUGAUGUUUAAAACUCUGAGCGGUGUUUUCCGAAAACACAUCGGUACUGCAAGAGUGAAUCCACUCGGAAUUUUCAGGCGAAACAUGGGUAGUUUAAGCAACGAAAAUCGCUCUAUCCAUUCAGACAACAUCCAGGACGUUCAUAACAUCCCAAUGGACGUGAUCAUACGACCCAUUCCGCCUGUUUUAGACGAGCAGAAGGUCCAAAGCCUCAUGACUAGCAUAAAGGAUGGCUCGGAUAUCUCCGUUGUGCCUCCCAUAGACGUGCUUUGGAUCACUGGAGAAAAUGGGGGCAAUUAUUACUAUUCUUUUGGCGGCUGUCAUCGAUUUGCUGCCUAUCAGAGGUUAAAGAUGAAAUCCAUACCAGCCAAGAUAAUCAAAUCUAACAUCUCAGACCUGCGCACCUACCUGGGAGCAUCCACGCCGAAUCUACUGUGAUACAACGACACACAUCAGAGACUCACUGAGGCUGGUGUACUUGCACUGACAGCCAUCUGGAUGAUGUUCAGGCACAUUUAUCCUGUAUAGGCUAAUUGUGUUUUCUAUAACACUGAGAUGUAGGUUGUUGUUAUGAUGAAAAUGGCACUUUUAUGUUCCUGGUGAACAAUUAUUAUUGUUAUUAUUAUUGAUGAGCAAGUAAAUUAAGGAAAGUUCACACAUGCAUGUUAAUCAUGAAGUUUCUAAUUAGACUAUCAUGAUGUGUGAGUUCCUGUUCUCUAGUGAUAUCUCUAAAGGUGAUUCUUAUGAAGGAGCUAUGAGUUUUUAAUAAUCCAAAACAAAUGUAAAAGACUUCCAUGUUUAUAUAUUACUUUUGCUCGACAUUAUUUUGCUUGGUCACUGUGUGAUUCAAGUCACAAUGACCAAACAGAUCUUCCUUCAUCUGUUAGUUCUUAGCCUGACCACCAGAUGGCAGCAUUAUAACACUGAUUGAUUAGAGCAGGGCUUCCCAAACUUUUUUUUUUGAAGGCCAAAGCCUUGACCUAAAGUACCCAGAGAUUUUAAUGUAAUAUUUUAGUUAUUUAACACACAUUUGCAUGUUCAUGGUUCUCUGUUAUAUGAGAUUUUGUUCAAUGUUAUGUCGCCUAUAGAGCUUUUCAGUCACGAAGCCAGUUUGUAGAACAACCCAAUUGCUAUCACUUUAUUAAAAAUACAGAUUUUAUUAGAAAAAUCAAUUGAAAGGCUUUAUUCUGUUCUAUUUUAUAAAUGCGUUUAAUUGGUUGAAAUAAAAUGCAGAUUUGUAUUGUA